CGCGCCCUGUUAGCGAGCAAGUGGAUAUGCUGCCUUCGUGCCGAAAGAGAAGGACUGCUACUCAGUAAUAUGGUAUACGCUCCCUGGGUGAGGACAGGCCCGGCGCGGAGAUGAUAAACGACGAUAAAGAGGAGCCGGACCUUGCGAGGCGGUGCGCCGUAUUAUACAAAGGUCCGCAGCGCAUGUGCUGGCCUAUCCGUCCGUCGGCCAGAAGGUGUCGAUGGAUGAUUAGCCUAACAUAUCCGAUCGGGGCAUUUCCCACGUCCCAUCGACGCGCGGUACGGGGCAGAAUAACAGAAAGAACUUGAUACCAUGCUCGCGAGCCACGCCGUGGCAGGCCUCGAACAUCGCUGCUCUGCACGGCUUGCUGCCCCGGGCGGCCCCGGGCGGCGGCGGGGGAAACGUGACGAUUUGGGAGAAGAAACAGCUACGCGAGGAUCGAUCUUUCUGGGGCAUUUGCUACGCACGUGCAACACUUGCCUGCUUGGCUGUCUCGCAAAGCAUUCGCCCCGAAGCCAGGUUUCCCUCCCUAUUCCCAAGCAGUUCUUGCUUCUUCGUCCUUCUUCUUUCCGCUCGCUCGCUCGCCCUCCCUCCUCGUCCUUCUUCUCCCCGUCUCACGCGCGCGCGCGCGCUUCCCUCCGUGCUAUUCCCCAGCCGGCCAGCCAGCCACCAACUAGGUAUUGCUACCCAACGAGCCAGCCAGCCAGCCAGCCAACAAGCCAACGAGCCAACCAACCAGCUGGCGCGAUCGCCGCCAUCCCUCUCUCCCUCCCGUCGAGCCGAGCCGGCCCGAAUCGAGUUGCCCGCCGAUCCUUUCCCAGCGAGAACAACGUUGGCAAGCCGGGAAAUCUCAGUGUCUUGAUCCCUUCGUUCGGAUCGACGGAGAGAGCGCAGCCUGCGGGGGCGAUGGGGCGGGACAGAUGCCACGGGAGAUACCGAGAGCGUGAGAGCGAGAGAGCCAGAAAGGGAGGGGGAGAGGACCUACGCCGCGGCCGCGAUCCCACUUCCCCCUCCCUCCUCUCCCCUCUCCCGCACGAACUACCUACCCAUCUACGUCCUCCCAACCUAUGCGGCGCGCGCGUAGGUAAGGAGUGGAUACACGCACGCACGCACGCACACGCACGUCCUGCAUACGGCUACGUACACAUACCUACCUACCUACCUAUAAAGCCCGCCUUUCUGGCCGUCCGUCCGUGCGAAGACAGGCGGCCUGCGCGUGGGCGGAGCCUGCGCGCGCACGUCCGCCUGCCCCAUGGCGCGCGGCGCUCCCUCCUCGUCGAGCCUACUAUACCUGGCCGCCCAGCCCAGCCCAGCCAGACGCCCACUCGUGGGUCUCCGCCGAAAGGUGGGGAGGGGGCGCGCGCGCCAGGGCAGACGUGAUGGCGUCGGGUCGGGUCGGGUCGGGCGCCGACCGCCAGAGCCGCUCCGCGCCGUGCCGCGGGCGACGCCUCGAUCCUGAUCGCCUU